AUGGUGGACCUUCCACAGCACCUGCACAAAAAUAUACACAUCAGUAUGUACGCCGAUGACAUCUGCCUAUGGACAUCGGGCGUACAGUUACCAGCGCUGCAACGGCGGCUUCAAGAUGCCCUCGACUGUACGGUAGCAUUCUUGACGCAGAGGGGAAUGGACAUAUCUCCCGAAAAGACGGUCUUCCUACCCUUCACACGGAAAAAGAUGAACAACUUCCAAUUGCAGCUCUCGACACAGCCAGUCCAGCGGGUUUCACAUCAUCGCUUUCUGGGAGUUAUAAUCGACGCACAAUUAACAUGGGCCGCCCAUACCAAGUAUCUGAAGGGCAGAGCCGACGCUCGGAUUAACAUACUACGGCAUCUCACGGGGCCCCGGUGGGGAAUGUCAACGUCGUCACUACUCACUGUGCACAGAGCCCUCAUCCAGCAAAUGGCAGCGUAUCACCUUCCAGUUCUGAACAACAUUUGCGCUACGUCGGAGAAUAUGCUGCAAGGCGUCUUAGCAAGGAGUUUGAAGGUCUGCCUUGGGGUACCAAGUGCCACCUCUAACACACUGACCGUAGCAGAGGCCAAAGAACCUCCAUUCGAGGCACUAGGGGUGCGUGAAACGGUUCGGCAAUACCUUCGCCUGUGCACUCAGCAUGAUCACCAUCCCCUGGUGCGGAAGCUGCUUCGCCGAAACUCUUCUUUCUUAAAAGCACUCUCUCCAUAUCGACGUACAUUGCCAACACGGCCGCAACAAGCGGACCCACACCCUCCAUGGACGCUACAGACACCUCCUAUAUGUACCACCGUGCCUGGGAUCAACCAGGGAAAGUCAAGCCUCCCGCCUUUGGCCAUGAGACAGUACUGCCUCGAAUUGAUGGAAAGGCACAAAGGCCGUGUAGCCAUCUUCACCGACGGGUCCACGACUAUAUCCGGGUCUGCCUCCGCAUUUGUAAUACCAGAGCACAAGAGGGAAGGCAUACCACGAUUGUCUCACAGGACCUCAUCGACGACAGCGAAGCUGGUAGCCGUACAGCUAGCCAUGACUUACCUUGCCACGGUCGAGCUGCCUGCGCAAUGGAUAGUGUACUGCGACUCUAAAGCCGGCCUUGAAGCUAUCUCAUCGUUCUUGGAAAAAGGCCGUACGGCUUCAACAGUACGAGACCUCCUGUUAGGGUAUCGCAAGUGCACAGACAUCGGUCACGACGUCAUUCUUCAGUGGAUACCUGGCCAUAUUGGCAUAAGUGGUAACGAGAAGGCGGACGAAAUGGCGAACAUCGCACACCUGUCAUCGACAGAAUAUCUUGUCACGUUUUCAAAGCAGGACAUCAAAUCUCUCCUAAAAUCUAUGACUGAUGACAUCCGCAGGACAAAAUGA